GUGGCCCGCUGGCUCUCCGCCAUGGCGAGGCUCUGCCCGCGCAUCCCCUGCGCCCUGCUCCUCGGCCUGGCCGCGAUGCUGCUGAAGGCGCGGCUGGUCCCCGCGGCCGCCAGAGCCGAGCUCAGCCGCUCCGACCUCAGCCUCAUCCAGCAGCAGCAGCAGCAGCAACAGCAGAAACAGCGGGAGGAGGCGGAGGAGGAGAGGCCAGAGGUGCCUGGGGCAUCCUCGACUUCGGCGGUUCCAGUGUCUGUAUUUAUGCUAAAAGUUCAGGUGAAUGACAUCAUCAGUCGCCAGCGCCUGAGUCAAGCCGUUGUGGAGGUGUUUGUUAACUACACGAAGACGAAUUCUACCGUGACUAGAAGCAAUGGAGCAGUAUUGAUAAAAGUACCGUACCAACUGGGACUCAGCUUAACCAUCGUUGCUUACAAAGAUGGCUACGUCUUGACGCCUCUGCCUUGGAAAACCGGAAGGAUGCCAAUCUAUUCUUCAGUUACGCUUUCACUGUUCCCACAAAGUCAAGCAAACAUAUGGCUCUUUGAAGACACUGUUUUGAUUACCGGAAAAUUAGCUGAUGCCAAAUCUCAACCAAGUGUUCAGUUCUCAAAAGCCUUCAUCAAACUUCCUGAAAACCAUCACAUCAGCAACGUGACUGGCUAUCUGACGGCUCUACAACAGUUUUUAAUGGCGGACAAUUUUCUGUACACGACGGGAAUCACUCUUAACAAACCAGGUCUGGAAAACAUUGAGCUGACUCCUCUUGCUGCGAUAUGUGUGAAGAUAUAUUCUGGAGGGAAAGAGUUGAAGGUGGAUGGUGCUAUUCAUGUGUCUCUUCCUCUUGUACAUACAAACACUGUAAGCAUGGGAGAUCGCAUACCCGCGUGGACAUUUGAUAUGAACACAGGUGCUUGGGUGCAUCAUGGCUGGGGAAUAGUCAAGGAGCAUAACAGCCACCUGAUUUGGACCUAUGAUGCACCACAUUUGGGGUACUGGAUAGCAGCCCCAUUCCCAGGAGCUAGAGGUUCAGGGAUAAAUGAAGACUCCAAAGACAUAACUGCCUACCACACAGUGUUCCUUACAGCCAUAUUAGGGGGAACAAUCAUUAUCAUCAUUGGAUUUUUUGCUGUACUACUCUGUUAUUGCAGGGGUAAGUGUGGAACACCACAAAAGAGAGAAAGAAAUAUCACUAAGCUUGAGAUCCUCAAGAGAGACCAGACCACGUCAACAACACACAUCAAUCAUAUCAGUUCAGUCAAGGUUGCGUUGAAAGCAGAGGACAAGACACAGUUAUUCAAUGCCCAAACCUCAUCCUACAGCCCCCAGAAAAAGGAAACUGCAAAGAUGGAAACAGAAGAAAGAAUUUCCAUGGUGAAAACUCGGGACAAUUUUAAGAUCUACAAUGAAGAUGUUUCCUUUCUGUCAGUCAAUCACAGUAAUUACUCAAGAAACCCAACACAAUCUUUGGAGCCAAGUAUAGGAAGCAAACCUUCGAAGCAUAUCAACAACAGUCUCUCUCCACCGCUAGGGGACGCUCACGACGAAAAGAGGUAUCUCACCGGAAGUGAGGAGGUAUAUGGGCGGUCCCACAUUCCCGAGCAGCUUAUGCACAUCUACAGCCAGCCCAUUGCCAUCCUUCAGACGUCAGACCUUUUCUCCACACCAGAACAGCUGCAUGCUGCUAAGUCUGCCACUUUGCCACGAAAGGGCCAGAUAGUCUAUGGCCAGUUGAUGGAACCAGUAAACAGAGAGAACUUUACACAAACGUUGCCCAAAAUGCCAAUGCAUUCUCACGGCCAGGCCCCAGAUGCGAGAGAAGAGGACAUUGUACUUGAAGGUCAGCAGAGCUUGCCGUCCCAGACUUCAGAUUGGAGCCGAUACUCCAACAGCUUGCUGGAGUCUGUGUCUGUUCCUGGAACUCUAAACGAAGCUGUCGUAAUGACUCCUUUCUCAUCCGAACUUCAAGGAAUUUCAGAGCAGACCCUCCUGGAGCUGUCCAAAGGCAAACCCUCUCCCCAUCCCAGGGCGUGGUUUGUGUCUCUUGAUGGGAAGCCUGUGGCGCAAGUGAGACACUCCUUCAUAGACCUGAAAAAAGGCAAGAGAACCCAGAGCAAUGACACAAGUCUAGACUCUGGGGUGGAUAUGAAUGAACAUCAUUCAAGCAGAAAGCUGGAGAGGGAGAAGACAUUCAUCAAAAGCAUGCAUCAGCCCAAGAUGCUUUACCUGGAAGACUUAGACCUGAGCAGCAGUGAGAGUGGAACCACGGUCUGCUCCCCCGAGGAUCCUGCAUUGAGGCACAUCUUGGAUGGAGGGAGUGGAGUUAUUCUAGAGCACCCUAGGGAAGAGUCCCCAGGAAGGAAAAGCAAUGUGGAAGAUUUUGAAGCUAACACAUCUCCCACUAAAAAGAGAGGCCGACCACCACCCCUUGUCAAAAGAGACAGCAAGACUAACAUCUGGAAGAAACGAGAGGAGCGUCCACUGAUUCCCAUAAACUAGUUGUGAGCGCCGUCUCUCUCUCUGUCGUUUCAUGGUGUGCAUUCUUGCUUCUUGUAAAUUCCAGUAUGAACUUAGGAGACUGAGACUGAACCAUCUCGUGGGCCUUAGACACGUUUCAAACAAAGCAGAUGGUAAAAUAACAGCUCAAAAAUCAGAAAUACUUUCUCUAUCCUGUUCUUUUCAUUCUCUUUGGAGUGAUGAAGAUAUCCAAGUCUUCAAAAUAUGAAACAAUGUAAAGAUAUUAUCUGAAAGUGUUGCGCAGUUUGCCCACUGGUGCGGACUCUUAAUACAAAGUGAGCUGUGUGCAGAAUCUGCCCUCCACACUCUUGUUUCUGCCUUGAUCGUCAUGGAACAGAAAGGCAGGUGUCUUCUUCAGGCCUCAUCCUCCUGAAGAGACUGUGAUGUCUUUUCCUGCCUAUGCUUAAAAACAACUUGAUAAAUGUUUGGACAAAUGUUAAAGAUCAAACAAUACUUUUUUUUCUUUUUCUUUUUCAAGAUCAAUGGCUUGUGGAUUGUCAGCACCAAAGUAAAUCCUGUGCUCUUGUAACAUGGGCAGGAAGCCCCCAGUUCAUUAGAGGAGACCCAGCUCUGGUUGUUUGGGGAUAUAGGUUUAUAGAGCAAAUAAGGCAUUGACUUAUUAUGUAGAAUAAUAAUAUCUGAGAAAUGGAAAUGCUGAUAUUGUCUUUUUAAUUUCAAAUGAAGUGACCUUAGUUGCCAGGUGAGAGGAAAAAAGCUACAGCUUGCUUUAAGGCUCACUAAUCCAUGUAGGCUAAAAUCUGUUUUUAAUACUCUUUGGCCAUAACCCCAAUUGAAAGUCAUUCAUUUGAAGACUAUUACACUUGAUUAAAAAUGCGAACAUUUCUUGUGACUGCUAAAAAAAAUGACCAGACUGUGGUGAUACAGGAAAUGAAUGCUCCAUGUAACUGACAGGGAAGGAAUGGCCAUUUUCCGGGUAUUCAAAACAUCUCCAGGGUGUGAGUUCCAUUUGUUCGUAUGGGCGCUUUUAGGAGAGGUUUGAGGAAAGCAUUCUGGGUCUCAAGGGGGAGCCUUCCUUGUCACCUGUGCCCACACAGGCUUCUUUGUCAGCUUCAGGCAUUUAUGACUGUCCUUCCCUCGGUGGGAACUCAGGAGCUGUUUUCAGUUGUGUGUCCUCAACUCUGCUAUAAGCAGAAACUCUUUGAUCCAAUCAGCACAUCCAAUUCUACCUAGAAACUGUCGCAAGGACACCUUGUGCAGCAGCUCUCUCUUUCCUUUCGGUGGAAUGAAAUGGUUCUUCUUCUCACCCCCUACCAAUUCAAUGUAUGAGCCGCAGAGGAGAUCCAAGCCACCUAAACAAGUUUAAGGAAACUGAAAUAGACACCCCAACUUUGUAAAAUUGUAGAUAGUUAUACGAUGAAAGUCAACAGCCCCCAACCCCCGGAGACAGUAGACUUACUUCAGGCAGUUUUUCCUGUAAUCCCCUCUGAAAUAUCUUACCUGCUGGAACUCACUCGGCUUUCUGAAUUUAGCCCAAAGAAUGCAAAGACUGCCCCUAUGUUUCUUGUAUAUUGCUCCUUUCCAUAUGUGUCUGGCUAACACGAGGCUUGCUCUUGGGGGUAGAGUGGCAAGGCUCACAUUUAGGGGGGGCUUUUUCUUGGUCUCACACAGAACUAGAUCAUGAACAGCACGGAAUGACUUGGAGAAGGUUAAGGAGUUAGUGCUCCGUGGAAGUGCCUUUGACUCGGACUCGCGUUAGGAGGAUUAAUGACAUCUUUCUCAGUGUACAUUUUGUUAGCCAAAUCAAACAGAUGUGCAGUUAUUAAAAACUAUAUAGCCCUGGUGUUUCACGUUGGAACAAUGAGUUUUGCAUGUAAUGUUUUCUUUUGCGUGCUGGUUUUUGAAUCCACAAUAUAUUGGCAAAUUAUUUAUGUUGGAAUGAGGUUAGGAACUAUAGGUUAGGAGGUAUUGUACCUCCUUAACACUUUGAGUGUAUCUCCUCAUCUUUAGAAAGUUUUAUGUCUCCACUGGGUGAAGAAUGUCACAUAUAGACAUAUGAGUAUAUCGCCCAAGUAUGCCAGUGACUUCAUUCAUUCUUGUCUAAGGGAAAUGAGAUGAUGUUUCCUAAGGGCUUUUGUAGAACUUUAAUUUCACAAAGUCACUUAAAAAGAUACUGCGUGUGCUGUUUUUGAUUGGGAAUUUUAGGCAAUUUAUCUUUUCUAAUCAGAAGAAUGUGACUUCUCAUCUGUGAGCAGUUCACAGUUUCCUGUUAAAAAGCUGAAGCCAUCCACUUUUUCUUAACCCAAGUGAUAAGCCAACACUAUUCACUACUUUCUUAAAUUUUUAAAUUGAAAGCCAAUGCAGACUUUUGCAUACAUAAACAGAGAAUUUUGAUUACAAAUUGUUGACAUUUGUGGACCCUUUGUACAUAGUUUGGAUAUAUCUUGAAGGCAAAGCUAUCAAUUAACCGAUGGAUUCAUUUACUAAAGCACUGCUGUAUGCAAUUUUGAAUACAUACGACCUUGAGACUUUCUAAGAUCCGUUUUUAUGACUUUCUGCAGUUGAGUAGAGAUCCUACCCUUUUAUAGUUCACAGUAUGCCGCUAAGAUCACAAAUGGCGAGGAAUAGCAGCUCUGCUUUACUUUGGCAAUUACUGUCAGGCCAGUUUCUACGUGUUUGGAUUCUCUGCUUUCGAUAUAUAUUAUAGGAUUUUAGAGAUUUGGGGCUCAAAUAUUGUCCUUCCAAACUCCCAAGAAAGUUGAAGUUCAAAACUACAUAUUAAUUUCUAUUGCUUGAGUUACUCAUUGGUGUGUGCUGACAUUACAGAGAGACCCAAUUUGCUUUCCACUUCAGAUCUAGAGUUGACGUCCUGCCCUCUUGUUCUCAGGUGUUUCUAUUUUUUUCUUCUUUGUAUUCUUUUAUCCGCAAAAUCUCAUGUUUUUGGUGUAUUUAUUGAUGUUGCUGUAUUUCUUGAACAGUCUGAAGAUUUGUAAAAUGUUCCAAACAGUUCUUUAAGGAUAAUAAAAUCAACCUAAAUAUA